GAAAAUUGGGUCCAAUUUUAUCAAUCUUAAGAGCUGUGGGUGCUACGUCAUCAGACCACAAUAACAACAGACAAUAUCAUUUUAUUGUCUUCGUGGUCUCUAUAUAUUGUGGACAGACGUCGCCGUGCCAUUUUGGUGAACACGGUGACUACAGACUAGACAUCUCUUCAGUGUGACCAUCAAAGUUCGAAGCGAUGUUGCAGGUUUUGCUGAUCAUCGCUGGGGCUGCAAGUGCCAUAGCUCAGACAUGCGACACAGUGUCCGGGUCCAGCGGGACGAUCUCGUCCCCAAACUACCCGCAGAACUACCCCAACGACGCCGAGUGUACUUAUGUACUGUCUCCUGGGGCCGGGCAGCAGGUUUCGAUCGAGUUCACGUACUUCUCCCUUGAGUCCCACUCCCGGUGCUCCUAUGACUCAGUGGAGAUCUUCGAUGGACCAGGAAAUUCUUUGGGCAUGUUUUGUGGCACCAACAUGCCCGGACCCGUCACCAGCAGUAGGGAAAUCGUGGUAGUCUUCUCCAGUGACUACAGCGUCACAGCCAGGGGAUUCAGCUUUGACUACGAGAUAACCGGAGGAGAAACGGGCGGUACCACCACCACUGCCGCCACAACAACGACUACCACGUCAUCAGGACAAGGUUCCUGUGGCGUACCUGACGUCACCCCCUUCAGCACGACACGCAUUGUGGGUGGCGAGACUGCGCGUGCGCACAGCUGGCCAUGGCAGAUCUCCAUGCAGUCUUCAACCGGGUACCACAUCUGCGGGGGGUCGCUCAUCAACGAGAACUGGGUCCUCACUGCCGCACACUGUAACCCACUACCUAACAACCACAAGAUCAUCCUGGGGGAACACUCCAGGAGCAGCGACUCCGAGGACAUUCAGACCCUCGACGUGGAGGCAACGAUUUGUCACAGCCAGUACAACGUUGGGGUCCAGUUCGACAACGACAUCUGCCUGAUAAAGCUGUCCCGUCCCGCCGUGCUGGGUGAACAUGUCAAGCCGGUCUGUCUGGCGGAGACUACCGACGAGUACACGUCCUCUAUGACCUGCUACACCACGGGGUGGGGCCGUACGGAUACCUCUAGUUCAGCCUCGGCAGACACCCUUCAGCAGACCCAGCUCCCGGUGAUGACCAACGAGGUAUGCGCCGGCUACUGGGGCAGUGGCCCGCUGACUGACAGGAUGAUCUGUGCGGGCGCGGAGGGCUCCGUCUCUUGCCAGGGAGACAGUGGCGGCCCGCUGGUUUGUCAGAAACAGGCGAACGGGCCGUGGAACCUGGUGGGAGUGGUGAGCUGGGGUUCCUCCAGCUGCCUGACUAACUACCCCGCCGUGUACGCCCGCGUCACCGCCCUGCGCACCUGGAUAGACGAGUCCAUCAGCGGGUACACCGGUCCAUAG